AUGAGCAGCGUGCAGAAGGCGAGUGGAGCAGGCAGCUGCGACGUGAGGGCUGCGGGCGCGGGGGCGGUGCCCGCGUGCCGCAUCUCCGAGUUCCCGUGCCGCAACGGGCGCUGCGUGCGGCUGGACCGCUACUGCGACGGCGCCGAUCACUGCGGGGACGCCUCCGACGAGCCGCGCUCCUGCACGCCGUGCAACCGGACUUUCUACGGCGAGCUGGGCCACACGUACGAGCUGGACGUCCACCGGCCCCGGGAGGAGCGACUGCCUUUCCUCUGCCACCUCACCUUCACAGCCAACGGCCACAGUCACGGAGACCUCGUGCAGCUGAUCUUCGACCAGUUCUCGGUGGGCCGGUUCGAGGAGUCGGCGCUGGACGGAUGCCCGGACGGCAGCAUGCAGCUGUCGGAGCUGGGCCGGCCGUUCACGGGCGGCUCGUGGUGUGGUGGCGCGCAGGGCCACGCCGUCUACUACAGCGAGACGUCGACGGUGACGGUGUCGCUGCGCCUGCUCGCCAUGCAGCCCAGCCACCCGUUCGCCUUCCGGCUGCGCUUCAAGUUCGUGUCGCGCCAGGACGCCGUCGUGCGCUUCGGCAGCGUGGCGGCGCCGCUGGAGCGCGGCGAGGCCGUGCCCGGCACCUACUGCUCCAGGAACUUCUACGAGUGCUACCGCAAGACCUGCCGCCUCCAGUCGCCCAACUACCCGGGGAUGUACCCGCGCAACGUGACGUGCUACCUGACGCUGCGCCAGAAGGUGGUGCCGGCGUGCAAGCACGCCAUGCUGUCGGUGCGCCAGGAGCACGCGCACAAGCUGCUUCUGAAGCGGUCGGCGGCCGCCGCGGCAGAGGCGGGCGCCCCCGGGCGGCCGCUGCGAGCGUGGUCGGACUGCACCGGGGACCGCGACCAGCUCAUCUUCUACGACGGCGCCAGCACCGACGACCCCGUCCUCGCCAAGGUGUGUGGCGGAGAGUGGCUGCCGGCGGUGGUGGCUCGCGGCCCCGAGAUGCUGGUGGCGUUCCACAGCUCGCCCUUCUCAGCGCCCCUGCACGCCCACGGGCUGCCCUCGCCGCUCAGGGGCUUCGAGCUGGAGGUCAGCGUCGUCUUCUCAGACUCCGACUCUCUCGACUUCUCCAGGGACCCUCGCAGGUGCGAGUUCGUGGUCAACGCGAGCAGCGCGGACAGCGACGAGGUGUGGACUCUGGGCCGCGGUCGCGCGGGCACCGUGCUGAGCCCGCGCCACACGCUGCCGCCCAACACGACGUGCCGCUACCUGUUCGCGGGCCAGCCGCAGGACGUGGUGUGGCUCUACUUCGUGUCCUACUCGCAGCAGCCGCUGCUGUCCGCGCAGCCGCCGCAGCCGCAGCUGCAGCCGCACGGCCCGGCGGCCGCAGCCGCCGCCAGCAACGCCACGGCCGCGCCGCCGCGCUGCUCCACCAGGCUGCGCAUCUGGGACGGCGGUGGCGCGCUGGAGCCGCCGCUGCUGGCAGACCACUGCGACGGCGACCCGCCGCGCCUCUGCGACCAGUCGUCGCUGAGCAACGCCACGCGCAUCACGCGGCCCUGCUCCGACCACGAGAGCUACCUCUCCACCGGCGCCACGCUCUCCAUCGCCCACACCAGCGUGUCCGGCACGGCGCUGCACCCGGCGUCGUUCCGGCUGCGCUACGAGUUCGUGGACACGCGGCUGGGCGGCGAGCCGCUGCCGGGGCGGCGCCACGAGCCGUGCGCGCGCCUCUUCCGCAGGACGCGCGCCGGACACUUCUGGUCGCCGCGCAACGUGCGCCUGUUCGGCCGCGGCGGCGCCACACAGCUCUCCUGCCUCUACCGCAUCGAGGCCGCGCCCGGCGAGAAGGUGCGGCUGACGCUGCACAACGCCUCGUUCGGCGACGGCUGGGGCGCCGCGGAGUGCGUGACGGAGGCGGACCCGCACACGGGCCGGCCGCAGUGCGUGCGCCAGGCUGACCCCGGCGUCGGCUCCGGGCCGUGGCAGCGCGUGUCGGAGCUGCGCGUGUGGGAGGCGCCGUGGCGCGAGGUCCGCCUGCCGCGCCUCUGCCUGUGCGACAACAGCACGCUGUCCAGCACCGGCUCGCGCCACCUCGUCUUCCUCUCGUCCAGCCGCGUGCUCGAGGUCGCCUUCACGGUGCGCCCGCUGCGCGUCUACGACGACUUCACCAACAUCUACUUCAGCGCCUCCUUCGAGAUGGUCCGCGCCUCGCCGAGGGGCGCCGACUGCAGCCGCAGGCAGCGGCUCCGCGGCUCCGGCGGAGAGGUGACGCUGGACGGGCGGUGCGAGGGCCUUCCGUGGCUGGUGGAGGCGCACGAGAACCGGUCGCUGUUCCUGCUGACGUGGGGCAGCUUCCUGCCGCUGGAGCCCGCGCCCGAGAGCGCCCGCUGCCACACCCGCAACAGGCUGCUGCUCUACACGGGACGGCCCGCCAGGCUGCUGCGCGUGGUGUGCCCCGCGUCGCCCAACGCCCGCCAGUACGCGGUGCACGUGUUCUCCGAGGAGUGGUUCGGCGAGCCGGCGGCGCAGCAGGUGUACCUGUCGCCGCCGCGGCCCGCCUCCUUCCUGGUGGAGUUCGUGUCGCGGGAGGCGGGCGCCGCCUCGCUCAGCUGGCUCGAGAUCUCGCGGCCGCGCGCCUCGCUGCGCCUGCUCGACGCCGCCCCAGCGCCGGCCAACGACUCGGCCGGACUGCCGACGCCGCCCCUCGUCGAGUGCCCGCACAAGUGCCCCGAGCUCAACGCCUGCAUCAGCGCCGCCCUCUGGUGCGACGGCCACCCGCAUUGCCCGAGCGGCUACGACGAGGCGCACUGCCGGCGGCUGCUGGCCCUGCUGCCCGGCGGUCUGUACACCCUGGUGGGCGGCGGCGCGGGGGCGGCGGCUGCGGCGCUGGCCGUGGCGCUGUGUGUGGUGGCGGCGCGGCGCCGGAGGCGGAGACGACGGGGGCGGCGGGGCCGGCAGGCCGGGGGCGGCGCCGGCGGUGGGGGCGGGGAGAAGAAGCAGCGCGAGCCGCGGCGCGUCCCCACCGAGGAGCUGCUGCUGGACCCUGGCUCCACCACGUCCUCCUGACACCCGCACCAGUCUGUGGAGUUCAUCCACGUGGACCGCGAGACCACCGUCUAGCGGCCGCGCUGGACACCGGGGCACACACACACACGCCGCGCUCGCUACCUCGCAGCCGCAGCAGCCGUCGAAACGCCCCACCCACGCACCCUCUCGCCGCUCUCUGCCGUGGAGUCCCACACAUACUGCCCUUUUACUCGGUUCGUAGACGAGUGCAGUACGAUAUGGAGAUGUCCGAGCCUGUUGGUGUUGCCCAACUUCUGAGUGUACAUUCGUGUCGCCUGGUCCAGAUACCAUUUGAUUUGCUUUUUGGUUACUGAAAUGAUUCUGAUUUGUCUUCAGUGUCAUUAGUCACUCGCUGCUUGUUUGUUGCUUACCUCAAAGAACAGUAUUUUUAUCAAAUGUGCCCCACAAAUAGUAAAUUUUUGAAAAGAAAGUGGUAUUCCGGAACUGCCAAGCUUCACUUUAUAAAUUACCCGAUCGAUCAUCUGAGCACCUUCAGGUACUAUAAAACUACGAGGGUGGUUUGAAAAGUUCUCGGAACGGAAUAAAAAAAAGUACUUACAUCAUUGAAAUUUCUUUAUUUUUCAGUGUAGUCUCCUUGUAGAUUAAUGCACUUGGUCCAGCGAUGCUCCAGUGCUUCGAUCCCAUCUCGAAAAUGAGUUUCCUCCAGGCCUGCAAAAUAGCUGUCAACUUCGUCUACCAGUUCUUCGUUUGAAGUGAAUCUUCAUCCACCAAGAAAAAUUUUUAGUUUUGAGAAGAGAUGAACCUUUAUUGGAACCACAUCAGGUGAAUAAGGCGGGUGUGGCAACAAUUCAUACCUUAUUUCGUGUAAUUUUGCCACGACGACACACGUUUUUGAUCCUGCGUCGAGUCGCUGCACCCAUCUCGCAGAUAAUUUUUUCAUUUCCAAUUCCCAGUUAAAAUGUGAUAUAUCGGAUGACAUCUGGCAAGCGUGAUCAAUUUCACGCACUUUCAAUAGGCUAUCCUCCAUGUCCAUUUUGUGCACUUUUGCAAUGAUUUCUGGAGUAGUGACGCAUCUUGGCAGACCACUGCGAGGAUCAUCAUCUAAGCUCUCCCGACCAAAUUUAAAUUAAUUUUUCCACGUGCCAAUAGUUGAAUAUGGAGGAGCAGAGUCCCCCAGUGUAUUCUAGAAAUCGGUAUGAAUGUCCGUUGCUUUCAUACCUUUCUUUACGAACUACUUAAUCACUGCUCGAAUCUCGAUUUUUCCAUCUUCGCAAAUCGCUGCGAGGGAACAACGACAGAGCCACGUCACCACCACAGCUCUCUUAACAAGAGCACUGACAUGACACGUGUUUACAGGCAAGAGCCCAACGAAUAUCACUUGAACAACUCGUAGCGCUAUCACUGACCUCUAGUGGUGAUUCUGAAAACUUUUCAAACCAUCCUCUUAUUUACAGCAACCUAUUUGGCAAUGUUCUUAAGGUGACAUUGAAUAGAGUCAAACCCUUCCUGCGUCACUGCUGUCAACAGUACAAGGCAUUGAUAUAUUUUAUUACUGUUGAUUGUAAUGCAUUUUGCUCUUGAUGGUAGCGGCACAGUAUUGUUUUCACUUUAUUCGGGAGCACAGUGAGAACAUUGUCACACUACAGGCUGUUGUACAUGAUUUUACGAUACAUGAAGGUGAUCAAAUGAUCGAAACUGGUGAAUUAGGAGCAGGUCUUGGUGGUUUUGAAAUAAUUAUAUCAACAACGAGAAUACUAGUCAAGUGGCGAACUGAAUAUUGAAGUGCUACACUUUUUGAGCUUUUCUUUCCGUAAGUCGUUAAUGAUUUCACUUGCAUAAAAUCGUUGCCAAUAUAGCUCAGUGAACUUUGAGUUGGCCUUGACGACAAAUUAUGGAGUGAAAAUGCAUAGAACAUAUGAAAUGUUCUGCAGACUGUUUGUUAGCUUUUGCUUUUCUUCGUAUUCCAUUCAGAUAACACUUUUUCUUGUAGCAACACUCCUAAUAUUUUUCAAUCCUGUCUUCAGAUUCUGAUUUUUGACUAAUUGUUGCAAAAGCUUUGUUGACACUACUGCAUCCAAGCCUUCUUUUACCGCAACAUAAAUGGGUUUAGAUACACGGCAUGAAAAUGUAACCAUUUAGUAUUCGUUUUUUCUUCUUAACCUUACUAUAAAUGAAGUGUUCUUUUAACCAGACACAUUGCACUUUUUAUUUAUAAACCUUCGUCUGUUGUCAUUCUGAAAAUAUGGAUACAUAAUAAGACGCCAGAGUUUUGCAUCUACAGAUUAAAAAAGGUUUUCUUUAUAAAUUAAAAAAGGUUUUCUUUAUAAAAGUGGCUUAAAAUUUAUUUGUGGUGUCUUUGCCUCUUGUUUAUACUUACAUUUUCUGCAAACCGUUCCUUUUGCUUUCGUUGUUAGCGUAGGAUGAGGUAGGAAGAAAUUUGAUUGCAAAUUCACUUUCUCGUUUUGAAUCCACUUUUUCUUACGUUCCAUUGGCGCUAUUUUCAUUUCACCACACAUUUUAAAGCUUCACAAAAUAAACAAUGAUGCAGUUUCAUGUGUUCCGCACUCAGCACAGUGUAUAUGUCUUUUUGUUUUUGAGUAGUAGGUAUGCCAACCUGUGAAUCCAACUUCGUGAAAAAUUUGGUUAAUAAUACUCUUUAUUUGCAACAAGCAUAAGAUAGUAAGAAAAUAGUUAUAAUUGAGUGUAACAGCUGGUCCGGAAGAUGGCCGUGCAAAUGUUCGGUUUUUAUCCGUUCAUACUGAGCCCCCCAUUACACUGAAAUGCAUAUCAACACCCAAAGGCCUUGCCGCAGUGGUAAUACCGGUUCCCGUCAGAUCAUGGAAGUUAAGAGCUGUCGGGCUGGGCUAGCACUUGGAUGGCUGACCAUCUGGUCUGCCUAGCUCUGUUGGCAACUGUGGUGCACUCACCCCUUGUGAGGCAAACUGAGGAGCUAUUUGAUUGAGAAGUAGCGGCUGCGGCCACGGAAACUGGCAUACGGCCCCUUUAUAUCCGCAUCCAGGACGCCUGUGGUAGGAGGAUGACACGAUGGCCGGUCGGUACGUUUGGGCCUUCAUGGCCUGUUCGGGAGGAGUUUAGUUUAGUUUUAGCAUAUUAAUAACAUUGACAAACACGUUUAUUUACAUUCACGGUGAAAAUUUUUGUUUUGCAUAUGAUUCUUGCUGAUGUACAAAACUGAUAUAGGACUUUAAAAGUUUCAUUUCAUCGUACGUCGACGGAACUCCUUUUUGGUAGUGUGAGGGCAGGUGGCGACAUAAAUCUUCCUGCAGAAGCCAUAUCAGAAUCGUUUCAGUGACUGAGGUUAUCUACUGACAAGCCAUAGCAAUAUUAAUUGUGGCCUUACAUGCCUUAAUUCUAACAAUAUUUUUUCUCGUCGGACUGCAGCCUUAGCGACGUAUGGCAGCUAUCCUUGCUUACAAGACACCUGUGCACAACAAAUCGUACUCUCCAAAAAAUUAUGAAACACAACUUGUACUGCGCUUCAGUAAGCGAGUAUUACAAAGAGGCUCCAAGCGGACUAAAGCAGCUUUUCUUCAAAGGAAAAGAACACGAGUGCGUGGGUGGCGGGCGAUGUUCCUCAAACACGUGCAAUAUCUCCUCCUCCCAAGCUGUUCGGGAAAGCGGCGAUCAGCGUUCUCCUUUUCUACAUCCUUCCCCGGUGCCUUAAUGAACGAAUAACUCCACAGACUGGCAAAUCAAAGGCAUUAUCAAGUGUAGGUUGCAAUUUACUAUGAAGUAACGUCAGACGAAAUGAGCAGGGACAUUUGUUAUUUCGCAAAAGUGAUAUAAAAUGUUAGAUACUUCAAAGUUUAUCAUUCCCGUUAUGAAAUCUGCUCACACCAUUCUCCGCGACUGAGUAACUAUGUAAAAGUGUUGACGUGAAUCGAAAUUUCUUAAGUGUAUCGAACAAUGACUCUACAGAGGAAACAAUGACUUGUCCAAGAGAUAAGAGGCCACUGCCAUAUUUACUAUAUACUAUAAAAUAAAAAAUAAACACCAAUUGCAGCACUCCAAAAUUAUGCGUAAUAUACUUCUACCAUUAAUUUUUGAGAUGAUAUUAUUAGGAGUGCAGAUAUUUUCGAUGAAUUUCAUUUAAAGCAUGUAAUUUGUUGUACUGAAGGGACAAUGUUUGUGCCGCUUCAUACUUCCAGAAAUAAUAUACGUUGCAUCAUUUUUUGUAUUGUGCACCGAAAAUAUUAUUUAAUUUUUACGUUAAAACUUCGAGACACAAAGUCUAAGUUUCGGCACGAUUGUAUUCCCACAUUUUAAUGAACACGAAAUAUGUAAUAUUCAUUGUAUUAAGUGUAACAUCCUAAGUAAUCUCUGUUAUUUUAAAAAGUUGGAAUUUCGUUAGUAUUGUGUAAAAAUUAGAUUUCUGUACUGAAGUUAACGUAUGCCACGAGUCUGGACUGAGUUUGUGCACACACAUUGUCAGAGCACCUUGGGAGUGUUCCUUGUUACUAAAAAUUAUUGGCAAUUUUGAUAUAGAUUUCCUAGUCAUACGCCGUAGUUGGUAGUAGUAAUAUACUUUUUGUACCUGAAUGUGAGUCAUAAAAAUUAUCUAAAAGAACGAACUGGAGAACCAUCUGAAUGCUGAAGGUGAGCAAGUCGUGCGUGUUCCAUAUACAAGAAAGGGAUGGAGACUGCCAAUACAACACUGCCCUUGCCAGGUGCUUUAUGUGUUUUGUUAAAAAUAUUGCUGAUAGCGUGUCUACUGGAAACUCAUCGCUUACAAAGCAUACGAAAGGGAUUGCUCUACGAAGGGAAGAAUACAUAUUUCAGUGUUUGUUUUCAUUGACACAUUGGCCGCACAAAACUGAAAAGAAUCUCGUUUUUUCAUUUUCUUCGGGGUUCUAUGUAUCAUUCUGCAGUGUGCUAGAGAGAAUUUUCAGACAAAAGUCCACAGCUAUGCUCGUACAGGACUGUUUAUUAUUGACUUGUAUACUUGUGAACGAAUGGCAAAGGAAGAAUGUGUUUCUGUUGUUACUAACGCACUGCCAUACAAUUUUUCUACAAGCUUGAGCCUAUAUACAUCAUAAUUAACAGAGGAUUUCAUGUGGCUUCAUGUUUUAUGGCAAAUGAACAUAUAAGCAUACUUUCUUCCCCUAAAGUUCACCCUUUAGAUUAAGGAACAGAAAUGAUACGUUCCCUAAAUUGUUACUUUGAAUAUACAGACCUCAGCAGCUGAAACUAAAGCUUACUGAAUUUUUGGCUGAAAGGUCUCAGUAACAGAAAUCUAUAAUUAAGAUCAGCAAUAAAGACCAUGAGUAUAUUAUCAAUUUUGUAGCCAUCCUACGUCUAUCACCUUACUAAAUCAAAUUUUUAGUAUGUAGCAACGUAUUUCUAGUUUGCCCUCUUCUUCUGACGACCUUCCAGCAUUUACAAAAUCUUUUAAGUGUGUUGUGAUGGGUGUUCUCAUGUAGCGUAUUGAAUAUUUGGCACUUUGUAAAUGAAAUUUAAUGAAUAAUCAGCCUCUAUAAUUUUGGAAUAUUAUGUUUUGGCACUUAAAUCUUCAACUACAUAGUUAUGCUUGACUAGUAACCAACUAUAAAAUUCUGAAACAAAGAUAUUGAUAGAAUCUCUUAAGUGCAAUUCUAUUGAAAUAAAGAAGUACUGUUUCAGUUUCCUUUAAGUUAGAGACAAAUAUUCAAUCUUUUCUAGCAGCGAAAUGUCGUCCGCAGCAUGAGCACCAAUAUAAUGUGAAUUUAUUGAAAAGUAAGAUAAAACAAUUUAAUUUUUAAUCUAAGCUAAAUGAUCACCUAAAUUAUAUGCAGAGAGUCUGGAACACGUUGAGACGUAGCAGCAGAAUCCUGUGCACAUGGAGCAGCUGAAACCAGUACAACUUGUUAAAAUUUUAAGUCAGUGUAUUGUCUGACAAAUGGUUGUGUUCCACCAGUGCACACCGCUAAGUGGCAAAUACUGUUGAACUGAAUCCACUAAUCGAAGAUGGAUCUCGUGCUCAUAAUUAUUUUGUUGGUUUUUAUGUUCUUAGUAUUCCUGAGGCUGAAAUAUUAAUAGAGCUGUUGCUUGUGCCGUACGUUUUUUCCUCAAGGAGCCUAAUUUCGACCCUAUAAUACGUGUGUCAUUUAAAACAAUGAUGUAAAGCACAAAAAAAUAAAAUCGUCUCCAAUAUGUGCUGCUUCCUGCGUCAGAUCCUUUGUUGGUUGACAUCAAGUUAAACACAUUUCCAGCAUAAGUUUUCGAGACAGUUCUGCAUCGAGCCCGGUCGUUAUUACGCUCUUCUUUGUGCCGCCUGAGUUCCUAAGCCUGGUACUGCGAAAUUCGCACAAAUGGGACCACGAACGUUACUGAUUUUUUCCCUCGUAAUUAUAUCAGCAACCGAAUAGCAGUUCCUCGCAAUGUAACAUCAACAUUACGCACGUAGCACGUCCUAUUUUACAAGUAUCCUUUGCAAAGUAUUAAUAGAAACAACCGGAGGGGGCCGACAGUAGUGCAAAGCGCUGCUGGCGGAAUUUGAAGAAAGGAAAACCUUAAUGCUUUGUCUAGUAGAUCUCAGUAGACAAGACCGUAUGCAUCUGUAUUAGCUAGUGGUAGUACACGGUAACAGUAAAGAAGACGUAGUUGUUCGACUGUGCGGUACAGUGUACCGCAAGAGCGGACAACGCACGACCGUAGUAAUGGAAUCUCACCACGUAGUACUCUCUAUUUUGCUCCACUGGCGACCUUUUUAAAGCCGGACAUGGAACAAGGUGCUCUUGGGAAGAAGACCGCACGUUAGAGAUUCGCACAGCACACCACAAAUGCACUUAACAAUCAUUCACUAAUCGUAUGUAAGUUUACUUUUCGUGGCAGUCAUUAUUUUUAUAUGCCAAACUAUUGUGAUAAAUCUUUGGUGCAAUAUGCUCUCUUACCUAGAUAAAUAAAAAGUAUUUAAAU